UAGAAUCAGAUAACUAUUUUUAUAUUUUUUCCUUCAUAAGAUGAAGGAUGCUUUGUGGAUUUUCCUUUUAAUUUUUAGCUACACGAUGGUAUUGGUGACGGCGAAACAUUUGUCCAAAAAAUACUGGCUUUGCUCGAUCAAGGAAAUCUUUGCCCGUUAUUGUACAAAUUUACGCGUCGAAACGAAAUUUAUUGGUAUAUUACAUUUUCAAACAAAAUUUUGCUCGAUUUCAAUGUCGAUGAUACCAAAACGUCGUUUGGCUUUAUGUUAGCUACAUUAGUAGCAUUAUUCUACACGUUUGAUGUACAAUAUCCAAAGACAUAUAAGGCGCUAUUUGAAAUAUUGGAACAUUUUAUGUUUAAUAACACAAGAAAACCAUCUACAGUUACCGCACAAAAUGUUAUUAUUGAAUUUAAUAAAAAAAUAAAAGCUGUUUAA